UUUCCCCUCCCUCAUUGACCCCCGCGUCGAUGAAGACAAAAAUGACGAAAGUACCCCUCCUCCUCCUCGCCGUCCUCCUCUUCCUCGCCUCCCCCGCCGCGGCGGAGAUCAAGUCCCUGACGAUCUCCGCCGACACACGCCCCAUGAUCCUCUUCGAGAAAUUCGGGUUCACACACACCGGGUGGGUCAACAUCCGCGUCUCCUCCGUCUCGGUGACCUCCAAGGUCGCCGGCGACCCGGACCCGUCCCACCUAGGGUUCUUCCUCCUCUCGGAAGAGUCCCUCCUCCAGGUCCUCGUCGAGAUCCAGCAGAACCCUCACCUCUGCGUCCUCGAGUCCCACUACAUCUCCCGCCUCUUCGACUUCCAGCACCUCUCUCCGCCGCCCUCCUCCUCCUUCAACCAGUCCUACCCCGUCACCGCCCCUAACGAGUACUCCCUCUUCUUCGCCAACUGCGCGCCGGAGACCACCGUCACCAUGGACGUCCGCACCGAGGUCUACAACCUCGACCCCGACGGCUCACGUGACUACCUCUCCGCCGGCCUCACUCACCUCCCCUCCCUCUUCUCCGUCUUCGCCGUCGCCUACCUCGCCUUCCUAGGGUUCUGGAUCUACCUCUGCUACUCCCACCGCCUCUCCACUCACCGGAUCCACAUCCUCAUGGCCGGCCUCCUCCUCAUGAAGGCCUUGAAUCUCAUCUCCGCCGCCGAGGACAAGCACUACGUCAAGGUCACCGGCACCGCUCACGGCUGGGAUGUGCUCUUCUACAUCUUCCAGUUCCUCCGCGUCGUUCUUCUCUUCACCGUGAUCGUGUUAGUCGGGACCGGCUGGUCGUUCCUGAAGCCGUUCCUGCAGGAGAAGGAGAAGAAGGUGUUGAUGAUUGUGAUUCCUCUCCAGGUUUUGGCCAACCUGGCCUCGGUCGUGAUCGGCGAGACCGGGCCGUUCAUCAAGGACUGGGUGACCUGGAACCAGGUGUUCUUGCUGGUUGAUAUAAUCUGCUGCUGCGCUAUCAUUUUCCCUAUCGUGUGGUCGAUUAGGUCUUUAAGGGAGACAUCCAAGACCGACGGCAAGGCGGCCAGGAACUUGGCCAAGUUGACUCUGUUCAGGCAGUUCUACAUUGUGGUUAUCGGUUACUUGUACUUCACCAGGAUCGUGGUCUUUGCGCUUAAGACCAUAGCGGCUUAUAAGUACCAGUGGGUGAGCAAUGCAGCUGAGGAGACUGCCAGUCUCGCGUUUUACAUGGUUAUGUUCUAUAUGUUCAGGCCGGUGGAGAGGAAUGAGUACUUCAUUCUGGAUGAGGAGGAAGAAGAGGCUGCGGAGAUGGCUUUGAGGGAUGAGGAGUUUGAGCUUUGAAUUGGAAAUGCAAUUUGUGCUGCUUCCCCCUCUGUUUUGAGUUCCGCUUAUCGGAUUAUACGGAUAGAGCUGCUGGGUCAGGUCUGCUACUCUACUGUUGCUUCUUCUGUUUACCUUUCAAACUGUAUUGAUAUUUUUCAAGUGACUUGUUAUAAGAGGUUUGAUGCUUUCAGAUACCAUGUCUAGUUUAUAUUUGGUAGGAUUUUCAUCAUUAAAUACCGCUAUUGAAUUUCAAUUCAUAAUUCUGAGAAUGAUUUGUCAUGACUAUGUUAUGUGAUUUAAAUUCUGAUUGUAGCGCUUAUCGUUCACUCAAUGUGAUGUGUAACAGUGUAUGGUUGUAGUU